CACGUCCCGCAUGUCAACGAAGUCCAGCUCACAGCGGCGACGGGCGGCGCCGAGAUGUCCUGCUACCGCUGCACCAUCCCGUUCGGCGUGGUGGUCCUCAUCGCCGGCAUUGUGGUGACGGCGGUGGCCUACACCUUCAACUCCCACGGGUCCACCAUCACGGUGCUGGGACUGGUGCUGCUGUCUGUCGGGCUGGGGCUGCUGGGCGCCAGCGCCACCUGCUGGAAGGUCCGACAGAAGAAGAAAAAGGACAAGCGACGGGAGAGCCAGACCGCCCUCAUGGCGAGCCACGGGUACUGCGUGGUCUGAGCGCAGACUUCUGAAGGGAAUAACGAACAGACGCUUUACAAACUGCAGAGACUCGCCGUUUCCUCCUGCAGCUGCCGCUGAUGUUACCGGCGAGCAGAGCGAAGGACGCGUCUCGGACAUUAAUGAUGGAGACGCCUUCAUCAGCUGGAGGAUGAGGAACAGCUUGCUUUAGUGCCGACACUAAGACAUAAAUAACACGUCAUUCAUUUUACAAAUAUGCUGAUAAACCAGUUUUUCAAGCAGAAUAUUUUCAGGUCCCAGCUCCUCAAAUCUGCCCGAUUUCUCCGAUUCAUCUGUCGUUGAGCUUCUGGAGUUCAAACACGUGACCCUCCAAACACCCACCCUGCACUGGGGCCCAUUAGAGGAGCCCUGAGCUCAGACAGGCGACCCGGCGGGUGUUCAGAGUUCUGGGUAACAAAAUCACAGCAGGUCCUCUUCUUUAUCGUUGGAGCAGGUAAAUUCGAUCUAAUUAUUGCCAAAACAUCAAUUCUCUCAAAGACUUAGCAGGUUUGUAGUUUCCACACAGGACACGUUAGGAUUACGGCUGAUGCUUUUAUUCUGAAAGUACCUGCAGCUGUUUUAAUGACCUUUAAGUGUUAAAAAUAAGAUUUUGGAUAAUAUGAGUGUUUAGUUGACGGCUUCUCUCAUUUAUGAUGCACAGUAUCUAACUAAAGCUGCUAAUAAGCUAUAAAAGACAUGUAAAGGUACUCUAACGUAGACGUUUCUGAGUUUGUAGCUCUCGGUCUCAUUUGUGGCCUCCGACGUUUCCCCGGACACACAGCGUUCCUCCGGGUGGAGAUUUCAUCACGGUUUGAUGUUUCUGGGCGAGACUGUGUUUCCCUCUGAUGUUGGGUUCAGACCAGCGUCGCAUUAGAUGGUUUUGCGUCACAUUGGGUCAUUAACAUGUCAGGAACAUAAACACGACAAUCAUCGCUGCUCGCUGUGUUUCACAACCUGAUAAAGGUCUCUGCACACGAGGACCGAGGGACCAACACAAAUGUAAUCAUGUGGCGUGCGCGGCAGAGCUCCCAGACCGCCGAGGACGACUUAUCUGUCGACUUAUCUGACUCAGGGCGGAGUCUUAACGAGAUUAACGAAUGACGUGAGCAGAUCACUCUCCCAGACUCAAACCGGACUCCAUGAUGUUCUCGAACAACGUGAAGAAAAACGACCUCCUCGCCAAUUUAUCCCGUAACAAGUUUAUGUCAGAUGUAAUUGUCCCAGGAAUUCUUGAGUUAUGGUCGUAACAGCGAGUUGGACCUUUAUCGCUAAAUUAAGUGCUAACAGUUCCCAUCCAAUCCUGCGAUGUCACGUUCAUGAUAAUGAAAUGCAUGUUCUACCUGGAAGACUCCGCCUCCAGGCUUCACCGCCGCCUUAAUUGUUUUUACAUUAGUGGCGCCUUCUUGGAGGUGGAGGAGACGAGAUCCUCAGAGAAAGAGCUCCGCCUGGCUCGUCCGAGUUCAUCCAUACUGUGGGAUCAUUGUGUCAUAAACCAUCAAAUCUUCCAUCUGAUGACGCUCGUCAGCGCUUCGCGUCAUCGCUCUAUCGUGGAGUCUGAACCCAACGCGGUGACGUAACUGAGCGCCGUGCAGAGGUCACAAAUAGACCGAUUCCUGACAUGCAUGCUACUCUGUGUUUAGUGCACUAUGAUGCAGAUGUAUCCACUGUAUUAAAGCUGUUUAGCUCCUAUUUAUUCUGUUGGUGUAAAAUAUUUGUUCUAUUAAAGUCAGCCAAACCA